CACCCCCAUACAGUAGGUGGUGGUAAAGCAGCUUGGCGUUGGCUACCACAGGAAUUAAAGGGAAGAAGAAGAAACCGAAGUAAUCUAUUGAACCUCGUGAAGCGGGAAUUGACAGCUUGCUGCUAUGGACUGGGGACAGAGUGAGCUUCUUUCUCCAGUUGUUCGAGAUGAUGAGGUGACAGUUGCUGCCCGCAGGAGGAGGAAGAAAGUGGCCUUUCCAUCACCUGGUAGCGGCAGCCCUGUUGUUUCCACAGUAACACCAGCCCGAUCCUUGAUGAGGACAAACCCUGCUUCCCUGUUCAGACAAGCUGUAACUCCCAGGGCUCCAGAUAUUUCUUCUAUUUUGGCUCCAGGAGGUCGAACCCCUCGAUACACACGCACGCCUAGAAAUGCACUCAGCAGUCCUCAUUUGGAUGACAGUGACUGGACCAGCAGCAUGUACACCCUACCUGUUUCUGCAUUGGAGAACAGUUGUUUCACAGACGACAUCACCAACCUUAGCUCUGCCUUACUAAAAGAAGAUGAUCCAGGAGAAGCUGCGGCUGCUAGUCUGUUCCCAGAGUUUCUUUCAUCUUUUCUGAAGCAUUCUUCCUCUGCUGUGUUUGAUCUGCUUGAGGAUUACCAGACACUUUGCCAAGACAAGGUGGAUGUGUUGCAGCCUUUGGUCCUCAGAGCAGGUCAGAACAGUAAAACAGCAGGAGUCCGAUGGCUGCUGCAGCAAGAGAACUGCUCCUGGAGGCUUAUUGCCUCUCUUUACAGGGAUCGUGUCCAGUCAGCACUAGAAGAUGACCUCAUGGCAGACAUGGUUGUGAGUCAACUUAUCGCACUUAAACCUGUUCCCAGUGAGAGUGAGAAGGUUGUAGUGGAGCAGCUUUUUCAGCGGGAUGCUGUCAUACGACAAAGCCAGCUGGUUGUUGAUUGGCUGGAGAACAUUGCCAAGGAUCAAAUUCGUGAUUUCUCUGAUAACAUAGAGUACUAUGCCAAAAAUGUUUGCUGGGAGAACACACUCCAUGCACUGAAGAUGAGGCGAAAGAAUGGCACUGCCUUCACUGUCCCUCUGGUCACUGAGCUGGACCCGGAUGCUCCUAUCCGGCAACAGCGCCCUCUAGCAGACCUGGACAGAGAGGAUGAUGCCAGGCUGCUGAAGAACUUGUUCACACUGAUCAGAGCUGGGAUGACUGAAGAGGCUCAGAGACUGUGUAUACGCUGCGGUCAGGCCUGGAGAGCCGCAACGCUGGAAGGUUGGAAACUCUACCAUGAUCCCAACAGGAACUCGGGCACUGUUGAGUUGCAGCCUGUUGAAGGAAACCCUCAUAGAGGAAUCUGGAAGGUCUGUUGCUGGAGAAUGGCAGAGGAGGAGCAGUUGCAUCGAUAUGAGCGAGCGAUCUAUGCCAGUCUGAGUGGAAACCUUAAGCCGCUGCUAGCAGUGUGUGAGUCUUGGGAAGACUGUGUUUGGUCAUACUUCAGAGUAAUGGUCGACACGCUGGUUGAAAAAGACCUGAUGUCAUCUGGUAUGGCUCAUCAAGAAUUAGAGACACUGCCACGAGAAUACCUGGAGGCGAAUUGGACCAUGGAAAAGGUGUUUGAUGAGCUUCAGGCUUCAGAAUCAAAGAGGGUGUUGGAGGAGACGAAAGAGCAUUACCACAUCAUCCAGAAGUUUGUCAUCCUGGGAGACCUGGAUGGUCUCCUGGAGGAAUUUUCAGUUUGGCUGACCGCCUCAAAGCCCCUCCCCUCACAUCUGCUACGAUUCAUGACUCACCUUGUACUGUUUUUCCGCUUUCUGGGUUUGGCGUUGAAGGAGGAAGUGUGUGUGGAUGUGCUGAAAGCGUACAUCUCCCUCUUGAUUCGGGAUAAGCAGACUGAACUGGUUGCAAGCUAUGUCGGCCAGCUACCAGCUGAGCUCGCCACUGCUCAGUAUGCUGCUUUCCUGGAGACAGUCAGUCAGGCGGAGCUCCGCCCCCGCUGCCUGGAGCUGGCUACUGACGCUGGUCUUGAUGUUGCUGCAAUUACCAAGUUGGUGGUGGAGACUGUAAGAGAGAAAGACGAGUCAGACUUCACACAUCAUAGUCAAACUCUGGAGAUGGGAACUUCAAAGGAGGACAAAAUGAAAAUUGAUGUUAUUGAUUGGCUGAUGUUUGACCCUGCCCAUCGAUCCGAGGCCCUGAAACAGUCCAAUGCCAUCAUGAGGAAAUUCCUUGCCUUGCAGAAACAUGAUGCAGCCAAGGCAGUGUUCACUAAAGUUCCAGAGGAUUCGAUGAAGGAGAUUUACUCCCAGUGGGCGGGAAUUGGUCAGACUGUCUUACCUGCUGAGGAUGAGAACGCCAUCAGAGAACAUCUGUGCAUCAGAGCCUACCUGGAAGCCCACGAGGCCUUCACUGAAUGGUUUAGCCAUAGCAGUUCUCCACCACAGAAGCCAACUCCUGCUCCUGAGGUGAAAUUCACAGAGAAAGUAGCCAAUGAGAUGAGAGAGAAAGAAUACCAGGCCUCCUUGUCUGCCUGGUCAUCCCGUUUGGAUGUUCUGACAGAAGAUGUGAAAGAGAGGAUCUACAACGUGCUACUAUUUGUAGACGGAGGCUGGAUGGUCGACAACAGACAGGAUUCAGAGCAGGAUACCGAGCGCAGCCAUCAGAUGGCAGCUUUGCGCUCCCUGUGUCUGCCUCGCCUUAGCUUCUUGCUGCUUAGUGUGCUACAGAACUCCUCCAGACACCAGGAGGCACUGCGACUGGCUGACAUCAUCUCAUCUGAUCAGCACCAGCUCUACCAGGUUUUCGCAAAAGAGGAGCUGAGGAGAUUUCUUCAGAAGUUAAGGGAGUCGUCACUCGCUCUGUUGGACCGAGGACUGGACCCACUGGGCUAUGAGUUACAGUCAUGAACACACACACAGUGAAAAUGCAUGUACACACAAACAUACUGCAAUGUGCGAAUGAGUUUAAUUUUUCUCCAUUGUUAUUUCUUUGCUAAAUAAAAGUCUGUUUUCUGUA